AUGAAAAGAAAAGCGGGAGCUGCUGCCUCCAAGGCCAACAAGAAAAAGUCAAAGCCUUCCCUCAGCGCCGAAGAAGCUCAGAAGCGAUUCCGCGCCGGCCUGUUUGAUAAGAAGGUCCUCAAAUCCUACACGAAACAGUAUGCUCAAUCGGAACCUUACAAGCACGCCGUCAUCCACGACCUUGUCGACGAUUCCCUCCUCCGAUCAGUGCGCAGCGAGAUCGAGGCCAACGUCGAGUUCACACCCAAGGAGACCGAUAUCUACAAGAUCCACCAGUCUGGAGAUCUUGCCAACCUCGACGGUCUAGACGAUGAGUCGCUGGCCAAGCUGCCGUCGCUCCUCAAGCUUCGCGACGGUAUUUACUCCGAGGCCUUCCGCAACUAUGUGUCCCACGUCACCAAUUGCGGCCCAUUAAGUGGUCGCAAGACAGACAUGGCCAUCAACAUCUAUACACCGGGUUGCUAUCUACUCUGCCACGAUGAUGUCAUUGGCAGCCGUCGCGUCAGCUAUAUCCUGUACCUGGUCGACCCCGAUACGCCUUGGAAGCCUGAAUGGGGUGGCGCGCUGCGUCUGUUCCCCGUUCAAGAGCUUAAAGAUAAGGAGGGUGAGGUUGCAAAGACUCCUCUACCCGACGCCACAAAGGUUAUCCCACCUGCGUGGAACCAGCUGAGCUUCUUCGCAGUUCAGCCUGGCGAGAGUUUCCAUGAUGUAGAGGAGGUCUACCGUGCCGAGACGGAGAAGCAGCUCAAAAAGGAGGGCGGUCGCAUUCGUAUGGCUAUCAGUGGAUGGUUCCAUAUUCCCCAAGUCGGAGAAGAUGGCUAUAUCAAGGGCGAGGAGGAGAGAAACGCCAAAAACAGCGGCUUAAUGCAGCUUCAGGGCAACCCUGCCCAGUACGACAUGCCUCAACCUCAAGUUAUGAAGGUCGACAAGUCGGAAGCCAGCAAUGGCUUCGACGAAGCCGAUCUUGAGUUCCUACUAAAGUACAUGGCCCCCGCAUACCUGGUCCCAGACGCUCUGGAGGAGAUCUCAGAAACCUUCAACGAGAUGUUCGAGAUCACUCUUCCGGACAUCCUAGGCAAGAAGUUUGCUCAGCGCCUUAGAGACUAUGUCGAGGCCGAGGAGAAGAAGCCCGUGCCGCAGGACACUGCUACAAUAGAAAAGAAGUCUUCAUGGCGCGUGGCCAAGCCUCCUCACAAGGCUCGUUACAUGUACCAACAGCCCGAUAAAAUGCGCACUUCCAAGGAAGAGUCGCCGAUUACUGAGCUUCUUGACGUUUUCCUGCCAAGUCGCCAAUUCCGCCAGUGGCUUCAGAUGGCCACCAAGACCACCGUUGAGAGUGCAGACCUUCUUGCUCGUCGUUUCCGCCGUGGCCUAGACUAUACCCUUGCCACUGGCCAUGAGGGAAAGGCUCGCGUUGAAAUCAACCUUGGUUUCACACCUACCUCUGGCUGGGGUGAGGACGAAGAAGAGGAGCCCGAGGACGAGCAGAAUGACGAGGACUCCAAGGGCAAGGGCAAGAACAAGGGCAAGGCUGUCGAGAAGAAGAAGAACGAGGAGGAGGUUCCUGAAGUCGGUGGACAAGAAAUCUUCAUGUCAGGCGAUGAUGAUGCCGAUGAGGACGCAGCCGUGUACAAGACAGGCGGCGAUGACGAUAACAUCCUCUUCUUCCAGGCUCCUUCUUGGAACAAGAUGACCAUUGUCUUGCGUGACAGUGGCGUUCUCAAGUUCGUCAAGUAUAUUAGCAAGAGUGCCAAGGGUGAUCGAUGGGAUAUCUCUGGUGCUUUUGAGGUUGAAGAGGAAGACGACGACGACCAUGAGGAAGACGGAGAUGAUGACGAGGAGGAGGAAUUCCAAGGCUUUUCGCCGUAA